GCCAUUAAAUCUUAAAAAAAUAAUCUGUUAUUGUCAGUUGUCACAAUCUAAAACUGCUUUUACUAUAAAUAAUAAUAUAUAUUCCCAUAUCCGACUUCUUGUUCAUCUUUAUAUUAAGAAAGGUGUUUUAAACAAUACAUCACAAAAUGACAUCAAUCGAUUUGGAUCCGGCUAUUAAAUUAUGUCUCAAAUAUUUGCAUUCAAAUGCAUCUGAUUCAACAGAGCAGUUGCGUUUAACUCUUGACGAUAUGAUUCGCCAAACCUAUGGAAAUUCUAAAACCCUUGGGAACGUAUUACCAAAAAAAUAUCUAAACGAAGAGAAAACUGUAUCUCCAUCACGGUCCAAACACAAAAGUGAUAAAGGGUCUAGCAGUUCAAAAACAAUACCAAUUCCCCAACAAAGUCCUCAGCAAAUACAGAUUCCUGAAAGAGAUAAUGAUGAUGAUUCUGUUAUGGAUGGAGAGCUGGCAUUUGACUUCUUACAGGAAGAUUUGACCUGUGUUGUGUGUAGACAGAUAGCAGUACAAGCGGGUAAUCGUUUGGUUGAAUGUGAUGCUUGUCAUGCCCUCUAUCACCAGGAUUGCCACAAGCCAGUUAUUAGUGAUAAUGAUAUGAGCUCCGGUUGGCAGUGUGCUUCUUGUCUUUCCUCACAAAGUUAUUCCACAGCUUACACUUCAAAACCAGCAAAGUCGCCAACCCUUAUAUCUGAGCCAACAACACCAGUUAAGAUUUCUGCAAGCACUACAGCAUCAUCGCCACCAUCAAAAGUAGUCACACCCAAUAUCAAUAUUGUAUCUGCUGACAAACGUAUUCAGAUCAUGAAGAAGAAAGCGGCUAAGCAACAUGAAAAGAAGAAAAGUAAAUGACAUUUUCAAAUCUAAUUUUCAUUUUAAUGUUGAUAAACUUAAAUAUAGUAAAUACUGCUAUAAUAGUAGUUUCUUUUAUGUUAUAAAUUUAAAAUUCAACUACUUGUUGUUUUUAUUGCAUAUAGGGUUGCAUCAGUUAGCAAUGUAUUACGUGAAUCACUC